AUGUUGCUCACGGACAUGGAAGAAGCAUCAUCGCUACUUUAUUUGGAUGAGCUGAAAGCCCUCUCCAAAGAAACCAAGAUACAAGGGCGAACAAAACCCGAACUAGUAAGAAGCCUAUCACAAGUGAGCCGCCAGCAGACCGGCCUCAAGGAUAUGGGUCUCAGCAGACAAAACAGCCGUGAUUCAACAGGGUCAGAUGACUCAAGCCGUUCGACCGGCAAGCUGGAGAUGGAAGGUUCUAAGCAGAGAAACAUUUUUCUUUCUAAAGUGACUGACAUUCUUGGGCCUUGUAUCAGGCUGUCCUCUACUGUGUUCAAGCUGUUUGAGCGGGUACAUCUCGUCUUCUACCGAUCAACAGAGUGGACCGAGAAAUCUCUGACGACUAUUAUUCUUGCCAAGAUUGCUCGCAGAAACUUUCCUGAAUACAUUGUUUGCCGCACAAGCACGAUAUUCGCAUCUCGGAGGCACCUUCUGGAGUUUGAGGCCGCCACUCGGCUGGAAGCAGAGAUCGACCUGUGCCUCGAAGGAAGCGGAGCUGUGUUGGACAAAGGAUGCCAGCGGAUCCUUGAGAUUUACGACGUUAUAUACCCUCGUUGGAAGAAGCUCCUGGAAGAGGAACAAGACAAGGAGCGAUCAGGUUAUGAGUUUGGAGAGGGGGCAUACUUGCGGCGUUUUAACCCAGGGCAUUCCUACACGCGGAUUCUUGCCAAAGCAGGUUAUGCGAUGGGAAAGUUCAAAGAAUACGGGCGUGAACACGAUUUAUUAACGGAGCUUCUCGAACAGAAGAUGUUUCAUCUAGCACGCCGGGGCGAUUGGUAUCAACGGAAAGCCCUGCUGGAAGAGAACUACAUGGCCAAGUUGGGGGAACCAUAUGCUCUGGCGGAGUUGGAGCGACGAAAGAAGGAAUGGAACAAAGCAGCAGCUGCCACUUGCGAAAUGGCGCUUCAGGACUCGGAUUGCCACAUGACAUUCCACUUUGGCCUACAGAAACGGCUGUUGAAGCUGGAGAAGAAGUUGCGCAUACCGAAGCGACUUCAGCAUAACUUUGGACAUGUCAAGCUAGCCAAGCCGCUCGAAAUUACGGUACACGGGAUUCAACUCAAGCGAGAGACGACGCCGAAGGCGGGCAACAUCAGUGUUCCUACCAAGACCAUUUGGCUCGACGAACUGGACUCGGAGGGCGAGUGUAGCGUUGAAGACAUGUGCCUGAGCCACUUUCGUGCUGAGGGAUGGAAGGGCUACCACUCCGAGGGGCGCAUUGUCCGGACACUGUUCGCAUAUCUCUUCUACGACAUAUUGUUCCUCUACAUCCCCAACGUCUUCCAAACGGCCUUUCAGACAUGCCCCCUCGACUUGCACACGGACGUCUUCUUCCCCACGAGGGCCUCCGAGAUCAACCACCGGCUCGUGGAGAUUGAAAACGGCGGCGCCGAGAGCCUCGUCCGCGCGGUGUGGGAGCGGGAGCACGAGCGACGGACGGAGGUCGUAGGCCUGAACUGGGACUACGAGAUUGACGACCUGCUCGAGCUGGUGCGGUGCUUUGACGGGGGUGCCCUGGCGGCCAUCUGCAAGGUCAUGGCGCAGGAGUACAGGCAGAGGGGAGGCGGCGUCCCGGACUUGAUUCUGUGGCGUGCCCACGAGUCGCCUGGCGAGUGCGGCUCGGGGGGGCGCAAGGGAGAGGUGAUGUUUGUAGAGGUCAAGAGCGAGAACGAUCGCCUGAGCGAGACGCAGCGGGUAUGGAUCGAUGUGCUGACGGCAGCCGGGGUCCGAGUCGCUCUCUGCAAUGCCGUUGCCAAAGAGGUCCGCGAAGUGGACUGA